AUGUUGCCAAAGUGGGCGGAGCCAAUAAUCAAGGCGGAGCUUCCAACCCAUCCUUACAUUUCCGCAGCUACUCUUCGGCGCCUCGGCAAUUUUGCCCAUUUUCUCGGCCUCCUCCUGCUCGGCGAGUCCACAAUUGCAGUUCUUGCAUGCCCGUUUCUUCUUAUUCGGAUCAUCUGGUCCACAUCCUCCGGCCUUCAACUGAUCUCCAGUUGGUUUCUCGAAAUCCUCCUCCUGAAGAAGUCCAUCCUCAUCGAUGAGGUCCUCGUCGAUGGUGGCGGCGGCGGUUCCGAGAUCCAACGCGACUUUAUCUCCGAAAUUCACCAUUUUGACACCACGAACCGGCCACUCGGUAGCCGUCGUCGGAACACGGAAUCCAGCGAUACGAAGUUUGCGAGACGCGGUGACGAGAUCUUGGGAGAAGACGGCGACUUCUCCGUUCUGUUUCAUCACAUCGAACACCGUAUUGCACACUUCGGCGAGCAGUUCCGUCUCCUGUACUUGGAUUAUUGCGUACUCGACCUCCUCGGUCAGCACGUCAGCACCACGGAGUUCUGGAAAAGCGAAAGUUGA